GCCUCGGCUCUCUGUUCUCCGGUCCGAACCUCUCUGGGAUCACCUCGGACACCCUGAAGGUGGCGGGGGUCCGGCACGCCUCCACCCUGGAGCUCAGCGAGGAGGGUGUGGAGGCGUCAGCCACCACCGCCGUCACCACCAUGCGCUCCAUCUCCCUGUUCUCAGCCAACUCUCCGUUCUUCUUCGCCCUCGUGGACGACGCCUCGCUGGCCCCCCUCUUCAUGGGCCUCGUCACAAACCCCGCCCCCGACCACAUGCUCAACGACGACCCCGGGCGAAACAACGGCACCAUGAGCGACCAGCCGGAGAUGGAGAAGUUAUCACCAGAAUGAAUAAUAAACUAUUAAAGGUCACCAAUUAUGCAAAAAUAUUUUCUACAUCAACAUGUGUCCCCUCUUCUUCAUGUCUCUUCUACAUCAA